AUGGCGACUCUACUCAGUUCCAGCAAAGACCAAAACCCCGACGCUAAACUUGUGGCAAUUGUUGGCAUGGGGUGUCGAUGGCCUGGUGGCGUGGAAUCCCCGCAGCAGAUGUGGUCCUUUUUGCGGGAUCAGCGCUCCGGCUUCCACUCCUUCGACUCCGUUCCACGAUGUUUCUCGGCCACAGGGUUCUAUCACCCGGACUCGCGGCGGCCCGGCACGAUGGCCAUGCAAGGCGCGUUCCUCCUCGACAGCGAUCCGCGACUGUUCGAUCACAACUUCUUCGGCAUCACGGGACGCGAAGCCGAGACCCUCGACCCGUCACAGCGCAAGCUGCUCGAGGUUGUAUACGAAGCGUUUGAGAAUGCCGGCGAAACAUGGGCAUCCAUUGCCGGAUCAAAUACAGGGGUUUUUGUUGGGAACUUCGCACUCGACCAUUGGAUGAUACAGACACGUGACUGGGAUUAUCCGAAGCCGUAUUCAACAACAGGGGCAGGCGUGAGUAUUCUGGCAAAUCGAAUCAGCCAUAUUUUUGAUCUUCGGGGGCCUAGCGUCGCCGUUGACACGGCCUGUUCUUCGUCCAUGUACGCUGUACAUUUAGCUGUUAGCGCAAUCCGCAACGGGGACUGUGACUCGGCUAUUGUGGCAGCGUCGAACUGGAUCGCGGAUCCUAGCCUACACAUCGCGCUUGACAAACUUGGCGCUCUCUCACCUACAUCAAAGUGUCAUACGUUUGAUGCGUCUGCCGACGGGUACGCACGUGGUGAAGGCUUCGCCGCGCUAUAUAUUAAACGGCUAUCGUCGGCAUUUAAUGACGGGUCCCCUAUCCGCGCUAUUAUUAGGGGUACCGCUGUUAACGCAAACGGCCGCACUGGUGGGAUUACGCGCCCCAACGCCGCUGGACAGGAGGCUGUUAUCCGUAAAGCAUACGAUAAUGCCGGGCUACCGUUUUCUGAUACUACGUAUCUCGAGUGUCACGGCACGGGCACCCCAGCGGGUGAUCCGAUCGAGCUAGCGGCCGCCAAUCAAAUCUUUGGAUCCUACAGGAGUUCGGAGAUGGAUAUCCCCGAGCCUCUAUUCGUCGGGUCUGUCAAAACUAACAUGGGCCAUACCGAAGCCGCAAGUGCUCUGGCAUCCAUCAUGAAGGUUGUGCUCUCGUUGGAGGCGGGUGAGAUCCCUCCGAAUGUUGGCGUCAAAGUACUAAAUCCAAACAUUGAUUUUACGGACAGCAGAGUGGAGGUUGUAAGAGAAGUCACAGCCUGGCCUAAACAUCGACCCCGGAGGGCUAGUGUUAAUUCUUUCGGUUUCGGAGGGGCUAAUGGUCACUGCAUUAUUGAUCACCUUAGUGCCCUCUCUUUCCAUCGCGAAACACCUAGUAUCAAUGUGGGCUUAAGUUCUGAGCCUAACGGGCAUGCGCUCAAUGGCCACACCAAUCGCGUUCAUGAUCACCAAGCAGUCAACUACAACAACGGGUCCGCUGACGGCCAUCACAAUGUCAACGGGAACGGAAACGGGGCACAGAGCCGGGAAAAGCGGAUUCAUCAUCCUCUCAUCAACGCCCCGAUGAUGAAAAGAACAACUAAUGCAACUAGUCGCCAACAUGUCUUGCUUCCUUUCUCUGCGCAUAACGAGUCCUCUCUCCAGCUUAAUAUCGACGCUAUAUUUCGGGAGAUUCGUAAAUACCCGCUUGCAGACGUGGCGUAUACGCUCAGCGCCAGACGUUCUGACCUCCCAUACAAGGCUUUCCGGAUCGUGACUAGGGACGAUGCUGAGCUAAAUCUACUUAGCGUGGAUAGCAAACAGAGCAUCCAUACCGGCUCGGUCCAUCAACAACAUGAACAGCCAGCAGAUGUGGCUUUUGUUUUUACCGGCCAAGGCGCCCAAUGGCACGGGAUGUCUGAGCAGCUUUUUGAAUACAGCGUAUUUCGUACCGCGAUCGAGCAUCUCGACCAUAUCCUGAAGUCACUGCCAAUGUCUCCGUCCACAUGGUCAAUCGCAGAUAUUCUCAAGGGAAACUGUGACUCGGGUCUUAUCCAAACACCAGCAGUAUCUCAGACCGCAUGCACCGCGAUCCAGAUCGGGCUAGUUGACCUGCUCGCCUCAUGGUCAGUGCGACCCGCCGCCGUAGCUGGUCAUUCUUCGGGAGAGAUAGCCGCCGCGUACGCCUCGGGCCGCGCCACCGCUGCUGAUGCCAUUGUAGCGGCGUAUCUACGCGGUCGGUCCGUCACGGAUAAUAAGCAGGAAGGGGCAAUGUUAGCCGUAGGUCUUGGUCCGGACCAGCUUCGGAAUUCGGGAUACUUAGACGACGAGGAUCCUAAAAAUGGUCGAGUGCAGAUUGCCGCUAUAAACUCUCCUGGGAGCGUUACGGUAUCUGGGGACACAAUAGCCAUCGAGGCACUUGCUGCGCGCUUGGGUGUAGACGGUAUUUUCCACCGCUUGUUGAAGACGGGGGGUAUUGCGUAUCAUUCGCAUCACAUGAUUGCUCCCGGUCAGAAGUACGAGGAGAUGCUUUCCUAUAAUUCCUUACAUAUAAGGUCACUGGGAUUGGUUGCGGAGGGGGAAUUGUAUCCUCGUGUUCCGUGGGUGUCCUCCGUUACCCCUAACAAAGACCCACCAUCGAGUAUCGGUAAUGACGCUGCAUACUGGAGGGCCAAUCUUGAGUCACCAGUCCGCUUUUCCGAUGCUAUCUCAAAUCUAGUCCGAUCAGGUCGGGAUCACGCUCCUAGUCACGGUCCUAUCAAAGCGCUCAUUGAGAUUGGACCCCACUCAGCAUUGAAGGGACCAUUAGAGCAGAUCUUGAAAAGCGUAGGGCAGAACCAGAUCAUUUAUGCCGGCUCGACUUUGAAGAGAGGCGAAGAUGCCCGCAAGUCGAUGCUACAGCUUGCUGGGUCACUUUAUUGUCUGAACACGAAGAUUGAUCUGGUCGCUGUUAACGCAAUCGAUGAUGACGACAAGCGCGUUCUUAUCCAUGGGUGUACCGCUAUUGACCUGCCGCCAUACCAGUAUACAUAUGGGCCAAUCAAUUAUUACGAGUGCCGUUCAAGUAAAGAAUACCGCUUCCGAAAAGCCCCGCGUCACGACCUACUUGGUUCUAAGAUACCCGGGACAGCAAAGUUAAGACCCCAGUGGCGGAACAUACUGCGGGUAAAGGAUUUGCCCUGGUUAGGUGACCAUCGAUUGUUUCAAGAUGCGGUUUUCCCUGCCACAGGGUAUAUAGCCAUGGCUAUAGAAGCUGCACUACGUACUCACGAGGAGACCCCCGAACUGGUACCGAAGCCGACGGGGUACACGCUUCGAAAUGUGUCCAUCAAGAAUGCACUAAGGCUACCUGAAGAUGAUCAUGGUGUGGAGGUAAUAUUAAGCAUGGAGCUUGUUGAUGCCACGCCCGCGGCAUUGACUUCGUGGGCAAAUUUCUCCAUCAGCUCCGCCGGACAAGCUGAAGUCAAUUCUAUUGACAGUGCAUGGACUGAGCACUGUACCGGAGUAGUCAAGAUCGAAGUGGGGAACUUGCAUGAUAAGACCGAGAAGAUUGAUACAACAUCCAUGGACGCCCGCGUAAUCGAUGCACGGUCGUGGUAUAAGACAUUUACGGCUAUCGGGCUUGGAUAUGGCCCGGCGUUCCAGGCAGUCGCAAACAUUCGCACCGACCCAGAUAAACAACUUGCCUCGGCGACGGUGUCACUCACCACUACGGCAGGUAUGGUCAAGGGAGGUGAGUCGAGGUACGCCAUCCACCCGACAGCGCUUGACGCUACAUUACAGCUCGGGCUCAUUGCUUGUUACGGAGGCCGCGUCGAAGCUACCACAACUGCAUUCGUGCCAGUUCACUUCUCUCGACUAUACAUCGGGGAUGGUAUUAAUAAUGGAGGCUGCGACACUGCCGUGGCCGUCGCACUAGGUGAGCUGCGCGGCCUCAGAGGCGCAUAUAUAAACCAAUUGCAGAUGCUUGACCCAAGCGGCGACGUAGUUCUCGCCAUUGAGAAGCUUCGGUGUAUCAGCUACAUCGACAAGGCACCUAUCAGCGAUCAGAUUAGCAGUGACUCGCACGCGGCAUUUACUGCCCCCUUUUCGCGGAUGAUAUGGAAACCCGAUUUUCGCUCCCUAAACUACCGGUCAUGUCAUGCACUAUAUCCGCCACCCAAGGAGAACCUAGACCGUCUUGUGUCUAUAGGGAAGUUGACUAAGAUGUCCUGUGUCAUCCUCGCAGACGUGUAUGAGACAUUCACGAAGGGUAGUCCCGAGGUCGGGCUAACGCCUACACCGUCAGGGAACAUAGGCCACUUUUUCGCGUGGAUCAAGAGGUAUGUUGAGGAGGCUAAAAUCCCCGAGAUGGUCGAAGCUAGAUUGCUGCCGCCCCAGGAACGGAGUGAAACGAUUGAUCGGCUCUUUCUCGAAAUCAAGGAUAUCGUAGAAGCCCAGAUAGCUAAAAGGCUACACGAGAAUAUGGCUGAUAUCCUCUUCGAGCGUCAGACUGGGGUUGAUAUCAUGGUCCACGGCGACAACGACACUAACCUCCUAUCGGCGCUAUACAAGCACGGAAUCUUCAUGACAAGCGCGUACCAACAGCUCUCGCGGAUAUUAGACAGCUUAGCUCACGCAAACCCACACCUGCGUAUUCUCGAAGUUGGUGCUGGGACUGGCGGUGCCACCCGAGUUGCCAUGAAAGCACUCACAGGCCCCAACAGAAUCAAGCGCUACCGCGAAUAUGCCUUUACCGAUAUCUCGCCAGGUUUCCUAACCGCAGCUCAGGCGUCCCUAGCCGAGUUUCGCGACAUCAGUUACUCUGUCCUGGAUAUCGAGGCGGACCCCGCAGAGCAGGGUUACCAGCCCGUAUACGACAUCGUCUUGGCUUCGCAGGUAUUGCAUGCAACCGCCAGUAUCUCACAAACACUUAAGAACUGCCAGAAACUUCUUAGGCCACAAGGAAAACUUGUACUGGUAGAGAAUACCGUAGAAGAUAGUGUAAUCGGUGGUCUCGUCUUGGGUACCUUGACUGGAUAUUGGCACGGAAUACCCGACGGUAGGGUUAAUGGCGCCUUCGCGAGCUUAGAUACGUGGGAUAGGGUCCUAAGGGAAGUGGGCUUUUCCGGAUCCGAAUUGGAGUUGGAUGAUUACCCUCGGCCAAACAAUACGAUCACGACGCUAGUAUCGACACUUGUAGAGAAUGGUGCCGUAAUGCAGGAGAGCAAGAAAGUCUCAGGGUACGUCGAGGUUCAGCUUCUUCACAGCCCUGAACGUGAUCAGCCUCUUCUUGGUAAGCUCCGAAAGGAGCUAGAACAACGUGGCAUAUCAGUCCAAGUUGUACCCCUCGACCAAGCAUCGAGUGCAGUACCACAAGAUGCCCACGUUGUAGCCUUCUUGGAUGAUGAGAAGGACUUUUUGCUCGACACUGAAGGAUAUUAUCUUGGCACGUUUCAAUACCUCGCCCACAAAACAGCGACCUUGCUCUGCUUAACAUUUUGUGGGUAUUCAAAGGGACAGAAGCCAGAAGGCGCAUUAAUUCCUGGACUAUUGCGGACGGUAGGGACAGAGAAUCCAACGGGUAGAUUCAUCUCGAUAGAUGUUUCUAUUGAACAUUCUGAUUCUACCGUGGACGAAACCGAAGACCUAGUCCGCUGCAUAGCAGAUCAACUAUUCCCUCCAGUUGACGAGCCUAAAGAUAGCAAAGAGGAGAAUCAGAGCCCUCGAAUAAAUGACCGCGAAUUCAUUUGGCAGGACGGGUGCCUCUGGGUCAGUCGCGCCGUACCCGAUAGCACUCUUCAAUCGUAUGCCGAAAUAUCUUCCAAGGAUAGCCAAGAACGAUACACCAAGAUGUUAUCAUUAUGCCCACUUGAUAGCCGAGGUCCCGUCCGCGCAGCAUUUUCCGCGCCCGGCAUACUUGGCUCUUUGUACUUUCGACCCUACACGGAGUUGCUGGCCCGAAUACCAUCAAAUUACAUAGACGUCAAGGUUGCAGCAGUGGGUAUUAACUGGAAGGACUUAGCUGUCUCAUCUGGCCGCUUCGAUGCUAACAAUCUAUCUUCUGAGUAUGCCGGCAUCGUGACAGCAGUGGGAACCGACGCUGCAGGUUUGUUCUGCGUUGGCGAUCGUGUAUAUGGCAUGGGUCGGGGUCAAUUCGGAAACUACACCCGUGUUCCUGCAGCAUUUGCGCAGAAGUUAGACGCGCAAGAUAAUCUCAUUGAAGUCGCAACUAUGCCUCUGGUGUACAUGACGGCGGUUUAUGCAUUUGAUUACGCCGCUCGUUUACGGCGAGGACAUAAAGUCCUCAUCCAGUCUGCUACCGGUGGACUCGGGCUUGCCGCUAUUCAGCUAGCGCAGGCGAAGGGCGCAGAGGUCUUUGCUAUGGUGGGAACAGUGGAGAAAGCUGAUUUCUUAAUUCGAGAGAUGAAGCUACCAAGAUCGCACGUCAUUGCCGUCUCUUCGGGAGAUAGCGCGUCUUCUCUGCACAAAAAGCUCGCUCAUAUGACACCCGACGGUCGCGGUUUCGAUGUUAUACUUAGUACGGCUCGGGGAGACGUACUGUACGCUUCCGCCCAGGCGCUGGCGCCACUAGGCCAUCUGGUUGAUGUAGGACGUGUUGACGUACAGGAAUCUAAAGCUCUAGAGAUGGGUCUUUUUGGCAAGAGUGUCAGCUUCUCUUCGUUUGACUUAUCGCUUGUUCUCGACGCCGACCCCGCGAUCGGCACGGAGUUGAUGAAGGCCGUCCAUAGCUAUUAUCGGGAUGGUCUCAUCCAGCCAAUACGCCCAUUUUCAGCCACUGACGUAUCCAAACUUGACCAGGUUUUGCUGAAGUUUUCUAAAGGUACGCAUUUUGGUAAGUUGGUGGUAACGUUUGAGGAUCCACAGACACUGGUUAGAAUGCCCCCAGUGCCAUCACGGUCACGAGUCCAAUUCGAUCCUACGGCAUAUUAUAUCGUAGUGGGAGGACUUGGCGGCCUCGGAAGGUCCAUUAUUAGAUGGAUGUGCGAACGCGGGGCCCGCAACCUGGUUGUCUUAUCCAGGCGCGGAAUCGAGAAGAGUUGCUCUGCAGCGCAAAACCUCAUCGGUACGCUCACCGAGCGCGGCGUUAACAUACAAUCCUUCACAUGCGAUAUUAGCGACCUGUCUCAAGUAACGCGCCUCUUCCAGAAUAUUUCAUCUUUCUUCCCUAGUGUCUCCCUCAAAGGCAUUAUUCACGCUGCCGUUUCUUACCUCGACGUCUCCUUCGAUAAAUUGACCGUGCCACGAUGGCGUGAUAGCUUGGCAGCCAAGGUUCAGGGGACCAAGAACCUCCACGAAAUGACCAUGUCCCUGCACCCUGGACAGCUGGAUUUCUUCGUCAUGAUCACCUCGCUUGAGUCGGUCUACGCAUUGGCCACACAGAGCGCAUACACGGCAGCCAAUGCGUUCCAAGACGCGUUUGCAAGGUACCGCCGACGGCUCGGGUUGCCCGCAACGAGCAUCUCGUUUGGAUUCGUGAAGGAUAUUGGAGAGCUAGGCCAGGACUCGGUUACAGUGGAUAUGUUUGCGCGGAACAGGACUAUCACGCUCACAGAGACAGAGUUUCUUGCCCGGCUAGAACCCGCGUUUCUUAAUGGCCAGAACGAUGCCAUGAGCAACGAUGGUGGUAAUGAUACGAACUGGAUCGGCCAGGAUGAGGACCCUCUUUCUGCUUCCAAUAUCCUUACUUGUCUAGACCCAGGUGCUAUGGCGGUCAAAGAGCGAGAAGAGGAGGUCGAUGCACGCGAUGCAGGUCCAGGCGGCCAGUCAAGAAGCGCCGUGCCCCGCUGGUACGAUGACGCGCGCGUCUCGCUUAUCAUGCGUGCCUUCGAGGAUGCGCGACGAUACCAUCGCCUAGGCAGCUCUUCAGACGCGGCGGCAGGGGCGCAAGGAGGCGACGACAACACCUACAAGUCAUCCUUCGAGCGCAUCCGCCGACAAUUCGACGCAGCAAUUAUCGCCGGGACCUCGGAGCGUUCCAAAACAGCUAGUUUCGUUGCGGGUGCCAUCACAACAGCAGUAGCAGAGAUGCUGUUUGUGGAAGUCUCGAAUGUGAAUCCGGCACGCGCCGUGGCGGACCACGGCGUCGACAGUUUGAUUGCGGCGGAGCUGCUGAAUUGGUUCCACCAGGCGCUGGGGGCGAAGAUUAAUAUGCGAGAGUUGCUGGAUGCGAAAACGAGCAUUGAGACGCUGGCGGGUGGAAUUGUGGAUGCGGCGUUGGCUAGGAGGCAGAACGCGGGGGAGGGGCAGUGA